GUAACGAUGUGUUUAAUGAUACGGUGCUAUCACUCUAGUAACAUUUAUUUUGAUAGAAAACGCCGGGGCACUCAUGACAUUUCAUAAGAAAAGAGCAGACGACCAAAUGGUUUAAGGUUGCCAGACUAAACAAGUAACAGCUCUAUAUUUAGGGAACGAAAAGUUUAGUGUGCCUUCAAGUGCGCAUGCGCAGUUCAUUCGAUGUCGACCAGUUGGGAAGCAGCGGUGGUGGCGGUUUGUCAGGAGGAAGUUUUGUUUUCUCAAGCAGACGCCGCCAGCCAGCAGGAGGGUCUUGAGCGGGUUGAAAUCGUGCUGCUACAGGCCGUCGAUUCACGUGUAUUUUUCCCGCGGUGUUUUUGUGGGCGCCACGGGCCUUUGCCGGCCAGCGCGGACGCACAGUCCGGUCCCUCCGGCGUGCUCGAGCGCUGCACCGUGACCCCGAUUCGCGUUCGCCGAGAAAAUGGCGAUGGCGGCGGCCCAGGCGACGGCGACGAUCAACCCUCCUCGACGCAAGAGCAGCGGCCCGAAGCGUCCUGCUCCUGCGGCAACCCCUGAUGACUCGGACAGCGACGGCGCCACAACACCGAAGCGAACCAAGAAUGGAGAUGGCGGGGCCCCUGAACACAGCGAUGUGGCAUCCCUCAGCUGGAGCGUGGAUGAGUUGGGGCAACUGGUGAGCAACCUGGCCCAAUGUUUGCCGCCCAAUGACCUGGUCAAGUACACCACCAUGGUGGAGAAGGUUGACUGGGAGAAGGUGUGCUUUGGCUCCUACACAGCCGCCCAGUGCAAGGAGAAGUGGGCGCAGCUGAUGCAGAAGCUUCGGCGCUACCGCACGCUGACUGACCUGGUGGGGGAUGCAAGGGAAUGGCUCAAGCGCCCAUGGCUGCCGGGCAAUGGCACGGCACGCCGUCAGCGGCACCCAGGCCUUCCCAAGAAACCUUUGACCCCUUAUUUCCGCUUCUUCCUGGAGAAGCGUGAAAAGUACGCCCGCGAAAACCCUGAGCUAUCAAUGACGGAGCUGGCCAAGCUUAUCUCCAACAAGUUCCAGGAGCUUCCUGAGAAGAAAAAGCAAAAGUACAAGGAGAGCUUUGAACGGGACAAUGACGUGUACAAGGUGGAGCUCAAGAAGUUCAAGAAAGAGAAUCCAGAUGCGUUUCCUGAGCCAGCCGGUAAGCAGCCCCCUGCCGGUGCUCCUGCCCUGCCGCCCAGUGCGCCCGAGAAGCCGCAGACACCCAUCCAGCUGUUCACUCUUGACCGUCUCAAGAAGCCCGACUUUGCCAAGCUGGACAAGAAAGAGGCCCAAGAGGAGAUACGCAAGCAGUGGGCGGAGCUGUCUGACGGUAAACGCAUCAAGUGGAUCCGCCGAGCGCUCCAAGACCAGCACCGAUACGAGGUGGAGGUUGCCGAGUACAGCCAGGCGUAUCCGGGCUUCAAGGCAGCCACAGUGAAACCGAUACUGAGCAAGGCCGAGCAGGAGUUCAAGGACAAGUGCGAUGGAAAGCCUGAGCGGCCUCCUAACUCCGGCUACAGCCUGUUCUCGCGCAUCAUGCUGCGGCAGCUGAAGAAUGUACCGGCUAAGGAGAAAAUGGCAGAGAUCUCGCAGCUGUGGAAGAACCUCAGCCAAGCAGAGCGAGAUUCCUAUAACAAGCAGGCCACCAAGGCUAAUGCUAAGUACAAGGAGAAGUAUGCAGCCUACCUGAGCAACCUUCCAGAGGAAGAGCGGCAAAAGGUCGAGGCUGACUCGGCGCCACACAAGUCGAUUGCGUCUGCCGGCGGGGGUGCAGCAGCCAAAGGAAAUUCCAAGGGCAGCAAUGUGACUGCGUCGGGCAAGGGAAUCCGUGCCACACCUGGUGACGAGAACCAGCCCCCUGUGGGGGAGCGACCAAAGCCCAAGAAGCCCCUGUCGGCCAUGUUCUUCUUUCAGCAGGAGAAACUGGCCGCCAUGAAGGAGCGCUGCCCACAGAUGUCCCACCAGGAGGUGAUGCGUGCCCUCGCCCGAGAGUUCUCCGAGCUUCCAGAACGUAAAAAGGAGAAAUACAAGAAGAUGGCCACAGAAGCGAAAGAGAAGGCCAUUGAGGAAACAAAUGGCCACAAAGUCAAAGAGGACAAGGUGCAUCAGCCACCCGCUGUGCCCAACCUCAACAGGAGGAACCGGCUUUUCAAAGGGGAACCAAAAAAGCCACCCCAGAGCGGCUACGGGGUGUUCUCGACGGAAAUGCUCAGUCAACUGGUCGACGUGGAUCCCAAGAACCGCAUGGCCGAGAUUGCCAAGCGCUGGAACGCUAUGCCGGACUCCGACAAGGAGCGCUACAAGCGGGCAGUCCAGGAAUUGCAGCGCAAGUACAACAAAGAGCUGGCGCGAUUUCUUGAGGGUUUGAGUCCCGAGGAUCGGCUCGAGUAUGAGGCACGGCGAGCCAGGAUGAAGGCCAAGCGCAAGGGUGGGGCAAUAAAGGCAGCUGCCACCCGCAAGGAGAAAAGGCGGAAGGCUGCUGCCGCUGCUGACAAUGCCAAAGUCAAGGAGGAGGAUGCAUCAACGGAGGAGAGUAGCUCGGAAGAGUCCUCCGAUGAAGACGAAGAUGAUGACGAGGAAGAAGAGGAGGAGGAGGAGGGAGAGGAGGAAGAGGGAACCGAGGCGAAGGCUGGCAAGUCUGAUGACGAGGACUCAGAUUCGAGCUCUGAAGAGGAGGAAGAAGAGGAAGAGUCUGAAUCGGGCUCCUCAGACUCGUCUAGUAGCGACGACUCAGAUGAGCCAUCUGCCCCCACGUUGCCGCCAGUAGUCCCCAAGCAGCAAGCCCCGCCCUCUAAGAAGCAGCAGACACCUGUCAUCAAGAAGGAAGAGGCACCGAGCUUGGUCACGGCACCGGUGGUGGUUAAGAACGAGCCCAACACAAACCACGAAGAGGACGACGAGGACGACAGCAGUGAGAGUGAUAGUGACAGCAGCUCGGACAGUAGUGACGACAAUGACGACUCCGAGUCGGGGUCAGACAGCAAGGACUGAGGUUGCCACAGCUGGUGCCGCACGCUUUCACUGUGCCCCUCCUUGUUACAAGGACGGGGACAAGCCUCCCGUGUUGUGCUGUAGGACGAAACAGUUGUGUGAAGGAGUACAGCAACGUCAUUUGUGGUCGACAUUCUCGCGCGCGGUUGUCGCCUCAACCGUCUUGCCCUUGCCACGGACUGUUAUUAGCCGUGAAGAUGCAGACGUCGGUGCUGCAGAAGUACUGGAACCUCUCCACGCUCUAUCUAUAAAGUGCCUGCGAGACUAUCUGCGGUGGCUACAUGACAUUGCAGCGAACGCUACAACUGCAGUGUGUUAGCUCGACUUGUGUUGUUGCCGGCCCUGUGUUGCUACAGGCAGAAAAAGAGACUAUGAGAAAAAAAAAAAGAAAUGUCAAUGUCGCGUCGCAAGCUUGAUGAAGGCUUGCUUUGCAUAUCUCAUAGUAAAAUACUGAGGAGGGAUCCCAUCAUAUGUGCGGUGCUGCCGUGCCUUUGACAAUUCAAAGCACAGUGUUCCAAUCGCUGCCGUUAUUUGAGAGCAUUGAAAGAGUGGUGAAAACUAGCCAGUGAUAGUGACAUUAACUCACCAGUGCAUGUGCUCGUACUGCCAUGCCAAGCACGCCUUUAGAAACAUUCUCGUGCUGAAACGCUUUCCGUAUUUCCUCCAGGAGUGAGGCCACUUGUGAAGCUUUUUGUCUAUAUGGUGUAAUUCGUCUGCUGGCCACUGCUGACGUUAUCACUUACCGAUUUUUCGUACUCAGUCAGGGCCACCGAUAGCAAGUUUUCGUACCCUAUACACAAUGCUGCUUAUCUUUUUAUGCUUCCACCAUACGUGUUACGAGCAUGUUUCACGUGGCCUAACUUUUGAAUGGUGAGCAGCGGGCUACCAUGUGCAUUCUAUUCAGGCCAGAGAAGAUUGAAUGGUUAAUUUUAUCGAGUGCUUUCUUUAGUUCUCCCAUUUCCUCAAGAAAUGCUAGAAUGGAAGUUGUGUGUCUCCCGGCCCGAUUGGAAACUCCUCACCAUCAAUGCAGAAAGGUUUUUCCAGCUGUUUGCCUUCCGUGUUUUUUAAUAGCAUUUACUUCUGCAAACCACCUGUGGCUAAAAUUGCUUUGUAGCUGCUUCGGAAGCCCAAGGCAUCUUAUUGGGCGCGUGCUGUCCCCAGCAUGUCCCCUUGACAUACAAAUUUUGUGAUCUGGCAUUGUCAAUUACGGCUUGCCAUUCUAAUUUGAGUCUUUCUGAUUUAGUUCCAGGUCCUGACUGGCAUUGCUUCUUCUUGUGUUGUGCCUUUCACUUGUGCCCUCUAGGGCAUUGUACAUUUUAAUCUGCUCUGCUCUCGUCGAACUAUUUUAGUGGAUCACUGGCACAUGUGCAUUGUGACGUGUCCUUCAGCUUAACACUUAAACAAAAUACUCACUGCAUAUAAAUUUCAGAAAACUGAAGUCGCUUGCAUGUACUGUUUUCCCGCAUGCACAAUACUGGCUGCUUAAUGUGACCCCUCGUGCGGAGUCAAGCAAGCACCACUGGCUAAUUUAGCGCCUUGUCAUCGAACCCGUUUACUGAAAUUUAUUUAAGCACUUUCAGUUUCAGAUAUGCUUGUAGCAGACUCAUUAUAAUGCAAAGCAAGCAAAGGUAUUUUGAUUUGAGCACUGGAAUUGCAUUCGGCAUCACAAGGUUGGUUCAUGUCAUUAGCAUUCAUUUGGAGGCAUCAGCAUAUUAUUCAAUGUGAUAUUGCGCUCUUAUAACUGGUAUAUGUAAUUCCUUGGCCCCUUCCAAGGCAGCUAUGAAAGGUGGCUGCACACGUGAUGAAAACAAGUCUUCUGUCAUUUUCACUGAAAAUAUAGUGCCACGAUACUUACAAAACAUUUAUUUAAUGAUUUCUCGUUCAGAACUGCAGGCAAGUACUAUAACUAUUAAGCACAGCGAAAGUUGUCCUAAAAUUGUGAUGUCAUUGUUUUCAAGCUGACUGCGUAGCUUCAAAUUGACCAUGUGUUGUGGCGCUGCUAAAAGAUCUGCGCCUUGGCUGUUGCUUUGUGGAUUUAGUCACUUUGAGUGUGGAGUGAGUGUCUAUACCAUAAACUGCUAACUGUUCAUGCUGAUGAAAGUGAGACCUUUUUAGAUUUUUCUUACUAGUAGGUUUGUGAGCUUAUGCAUUGUUAAAAAGCCCGAGCUGCACUGCAAGAAGUAAUUCAAUCAACUUUUUUUUUUUACAUUAAGCAAGAAAGUACUUCAGCACCUAUAAAAAGAAAAAAAAAACAUGUUGCUUAGAACCAGGUAGCUCCGCCAAGGUAAGAACCCAUAUUUAGCUGGGCUGCAAGUUUCCACCACGAAGAUGGACAGUAGAAUCAUUUUUUCACUUUUGUAAACUUUUGCCCGUGUCCUGUGGGCAACUUUCAGGAGCGGUAUGUGUGGCUUCCUUCCAAAGAUGCGUGACUAUAUUUCAACUGUCUCGGCGAGAAGUUGUUGAACUGAGCCCAAAGCCAAAGUUUCAUGAUGGGGAGGCUGGGGUUUAGUACUUUUGAGAAGUUGCUGUGGCUCAUCACCCUUGCAUGGCAAGUUGUUGCAGAAUGUUACAAGCAACGUGAUUUAAGGAUGUGCAGAAUCGCACACUGACGGGGGAUUCGGAUGUAGGACUUUUCCGGCUAAAUUGCUGGACCAUUUACGUGUACUGCUGUCACGGAGGAGGCACUUCAUGGUGCAUCUUGUUCAACGUCACGGCUAGAUUGCAGUACUUCGCUGUUUCCUCAUGAAUUAAAUCAAAUUUGCAUAUCUUAAGUUGCGACACCACAUGAAGAAGGAACAGUGGCGUUAUCAGAAACCACUCUGCACUCCACUGAUCUCCAGGACAGAUGUUUUGCUCCCUUAGAACAUACUCUGCUGCCGUCUCUCCCAGCGAGAAAAUUUCAUUUUGUGGUGCAUCACCACCGCAGAAUGUUAAAAGCUUAUGAACCACGGCAUAUAGGAAAGUGUAGAAUUUCCAAGCACCUUUAACAACAAUACGAUGUUCACAAAUGGGAGUGCAAGCUAUAAUGCCAGGCUGCAGAAGUGUUCAGCUUUCUCGCAGAUCUGGCUGUUCAUGAACUUUCCUGGCAAACUGUGUAUUGUGGAUAAAAUAAAUGCAUCCCAGCAUGGUAUUAAACAAAAGGUACAAGGUGCUGCCUCUGUGUGAAAGUUGUGCAUUAUAUGAACCAGUGAUUUAGCCAGUAGAAAUCUAUUGCAGGCUCGUGGCAACACAACAUAUGGCCACUGCCAUCUUAAAUUUCUUCAAAAUUUACACUUUCCAAAAGACCAAUGGCAAGCUUCACAGCUUUUGUGAGCAUUGUGGCCUUUUCUGCUGCUAGAGCAAGCUGGUGCUCGGGAAUGCUGUAUAUUCUGAGCAGAGGCUCAUAGGUUCCUUACAAUACAAAACAGGCCACUUAGUGCAGGAGACAAGUUGUGUGCCUUUCCGUGUGCCCUAGAGAGAGAACUGAUGCGAUAUAAUGUGCCAUCACUGUACGAGGUAUGCUUGCAUGUAUGCAUGUGCCAUGUUGUAUAAUUGUGCAUAUCCCUUCUCCCAGUUUCUUUAGUGGGCUUAAGCACAAUAGCCCCUGCCUAUAGUACCCCAAUCCUUACGGCAUACUGUCGAGUUUUAUUGUCGUUUCGUUUUCCUCCUAGAGUUUGUACGAAAGUACAACUUGUGCGUUGUGUAGGCACCCGUAACACAAACUGCCACCAUCAUUAUUCCAUCAUCACCAACUAGUCUGUUUUCUGCCUUAACAGGGACGCAGAAGGGUGUUUUUUUUUUUUUAAUAAAUAAAGGUGUCAAAACACUG